AUGGCGAGCAAAUGCGUGCACAAAGGCUGCGGCAAGGUCUUCUCCGACCCUGACGAGCCUUGCAUUUACCAUCCCGGACCGCCCGAGUUUCACGAAGGUCAAAAAGGCUGGAAAUGCUGCAAACCUCGCGUCCUCACCUUUGACGAAUUCAUGACCAUCCCGCCUUGCACAACAGGCAAACACAGCACCGUCGACGACACCCCCGCCCCCACCCCCAAAGCGAACAACGACGAAGUCGAAGCCAAGAUUCGCGCGCAGACCGAACAAGCCGCAGCAAACCUCACCCCCGCAGUCGCCCGCGUGGCCGUCUCCGCACAACCGCCGCCUGCAACGUCCAGUCCCGCUCCGCCCGAAGACGAAGACGACGAUCCUGACCUCCCGAUCCCCUCCGGAGCGACGUGCAAACGGAGAGGAUGCGGACAGACAUAUACUGCAGGACAAGAUCGAGACGCCGAGCAAUGCGUGCAUCACCCCGGGCAAGCCCUCUUCCACGAAGGCAGCAAAGGCUGGACAUGUUGCAAGAAGCGCGUGCUCGAGUUCGACGAGUUCAUGCGCAUCCCCGGGUGCAAGACAAAAUCGCGACACUGCUUUAUAGGGCAGAAGAAAGAUGCGUCGAAGGAGGAGGAAUUGGCGGACGUGAGGAACGAUUUCUACCAGACGGCCACCACGGUCAUUGCAUCGUUAUAUCUCAAGAAAAUCGACAAGGAGCGGUCGAAGGUUGACUUUACGUCGGAUGGUCGGACGCUGGAGCUGGAUUUGCAUACUGCUGAUCACAAGCAUUACCAGGCGUCGAUGCAGUUGUUCGGAUCGAUCAAGUCGGCAGAGAGCACGUUCAAAAUCAUGGGCACCAAGUUGGAGUUGACGUUGGCCAAGGCGGAUGGCGCUGGCUGGCCGGUAUUGAGGGCGACGGAUCCGCAUACGGGGAGUAUCAUUCAAGCUGGACGGGCGGGAAAAGUAUGA